CCUCUGUCUAUAGCUGCAGUAUCUUAUGGCUUGGUCUAAUAUACCCAUUACAAUUACAAUAUUCUCAUCUCGCCUCAAAUAUUCGCUCGUGCUUGGUCUGCCAUUCUCUCUGGGGUCAGAAGGAGGAGCUCUAAAGCUGUUGCUAAAAUGCUAAAUACUAAUUUCCCCUAAAUACUAGGGGAAUUAGCAGGUGGAUUCAUCCGUGUUUGGCACCGCUCUGCUCUUCUGUGCCUAACAGACCGAUUAGUCACCCACUGAAUGUUGGUAUUGUUAAACUUACCUCUUCUACUCUUGUUGGUAAUGUAAAUCUGGGGAAAAUGGAGAUCUUCAGCUGUUUUCUGGUGGGUCCCCAAAAUGCUCUUAGGCUGCUUGUGGUCAGUGAUAUCGUUCAAGACCCCUAGCAGCUACCUGGGUAUGCAACAGCACUUUGCUGGACCUUUUUCCUCUCUGUUUUUGUUAUUGAAUUUGUAGCAAAUUUACACACCCCCUCCACUGUUUUUCUGUUCAUAGGUCCACACGCUUACUUGAAGGGACAUCACUAAACUCAAGAGUACUUGGUUCAUUCUUCUAAAGACAACUGGGACUGGUGCAAUCAAUUCUUCCACGGCUGAUCAGGGCUAUGUUGCCGUGUUUCUACUUGAUGUACCAUAAACGUAGCUUUUGAAUAGUUUAAUGGCAUAAGGUAGUUGAAGUUGCACUAAAAUUAUGCAACAAAGACAAGCAAUGAUAAGACAAAGAAAGAAGGGAAGGUAUACCACAGAGUACUUUCAUUUAGCCUGUGAAGCUAGAUUUGGAUGUUCAUGACACAUUCUGGCCAAUCUCAACUGUACAAGAUUCUCCAGCCCAGCCCCAGUCUCGAUGCCUCUAGCACUGGGUCCCAUGCUAAAAGCUGCAACUCUCUCCUUUGCUUCCCCAGCAGUGCCUGCCUUAAACCCAGAAGGCUAUUUUUAAUGCAUAGAACUGCAGGAAUGAUAGUGGAAUUGACCAUGAGAGGGCACAGCUGUUGCUUUAAAAUGGCUAUGAAAGGGACCAUCCAAGGCAUCUUGCUCGGUUUAAGGUUCCCUUCUUCAGGGAUGAGUGUGAGAGCCACCUUGUGUUUUCUGUCACUGCUGGGUGAGAUUGUGCAAAUGUGAGGACCAAGAAGCCAACACAAUGCACAAAAAGGGAGGGCGGUGGGAAGGCAUUGAGGACAGAGAAUCCACCUCAUCUCCUCUGAACACAGGGCCACUAGGUUUGGGUCUUCUUCCCAGCAACCCUAGGGAUGUGCAGUAUGUGCAGCCUCAGCCGCUGCCUGCUCAACAGUUCAGCUUCUCUCCUCUCCACAGCCUAGGAGCUGGGUUUGUUGGUUCCCUGCACUCCACAGGCAGGCCAGCUUAGGAGAGCGCAGCCUGGUUGUCAAGACAAAGAGUGUACUUAACAGCAAGCAUGAGCUCCGGCGACCAAAGUCACAGGCACCCAGAAAAAGGAAGUGCCAGACCAUAGAGUUAUAGGCGCUCUCAGAGACACUAUCCUCUUGAAAAUCUUGUCCAGCUGAGCAGUGACCUCUGUGGUGUCUUGAAAGCGGGGACAGAUCACGACGGUUGUCUUGGGAGAACAGGCUCGGACGGGAGCGAGACUGCCCAGGAUGUCCAGCUGCCUGCCAAAACUGACCACGGUGCUGCUGAGCCACAGGCUCGGGGCUCUGUUUAUCCUCACCAUUUCAUUUGUGUUCUUUGCCUCUGUCAUGUUCUACUGGAGAACUGGGGAGGAUGCUGAGGGCCAGCUCUACAGCUUGCCCGCUGAAAUCCACUGUGCUCACUCUGUGCCUCCUCCUCCCCAUCCCACUGUCGGGGGGCCCCCUCCUUCCCCAGGGGAUGUGUUUUUUGUGGAGACCUCGGAGCGAACUAACCCGAGUUACCUGUUCAUGUGCUCCGUGGAGUCAGCGGCCCGGACGCACCCUGAGACAAGGGUCGUGGUGCUCAUGAAAGGUUUGGCAAGUGGUAACGCCUCGUUACCCAACAACUGGGCAUUCUCGUUGCUGAGCUGCUUCCCCAACGUGGAAGUCCGGCCCCUGGACUUGACAGAGCUUUUCUCUGGCACACCUCUGGCAAAGUGGUACUUGCAGGCUCAGCAGCGCUGGGAGCCUUAUUUCUUACCCGUCCUGUCUGACGCCUGCAGAAUUACCAUCAUGUGGAAAUUUGGUGGCAUCUACCUGGACACAGACUUCAUUGUGCUUAAGAACUUAAAGAACCUCACCAAUGCCCUCGGUAUGCAGUCUCAGGAUGUACUGAACGGAGCUUUUCUGUCCUUUGAACCCAAGUAUGAGUUCAUGCAGCUUUGCAUGCAGGACUUUGUGGAUAACUACAACGGCUGGAUCUGGGCGCACCAGGGCCCAGAGCUCCUAACACGUGUCUUCAAGAAGUGGUGCUCCACCAGUCAAAUCCAGAAUCCUAUGAGCUGCAAAGGCAUGAAUGUUCUUUCCACAGAAGCCUUUUAUCCUAUUCCCUGGGAGGACUGGAAGAAGUUAUUUGAAGCAAUCAGCUCCUCAGACCUUCACAAGCUCCUUAAGAACACCUACGCGGUGCAUGUGUGGAACAAACUGAGCCAUGGGACAAAGCUAGACAUAACGUCCCAGGCUUUGCUGGCUCAGCUGUAUUCUCAGUUCUGCCCUGCCACAUACACGAAGAUGAAGAAGGACUCUGAAGAGCAGUCAAGGCCUGCAGUGUGACCUGUGGGCCCUUGGCUGCAGGGAAGUUCCACACCCUGAAGGAAACUGAGUGCCUUUCACCUUCCCCAGAGUUGGUUUCUAGCCCAUGAAGCAGGUAUUCUGUGUGACAGCUCAGUGAUUUUGUACCAUUUCCGAUAUCUGCCUCAGAUCCUACAUGCUUCAAAUAUACACCAGAACCUGA